AAUAGUAGCACCAUCAUCUGGAAUACAUUUUCUCCCUCUGGCGAAAAAAAUAUAGCUGACAAAAACACAAAGAAACCUCGACUUUCAUACCUCUCAAAAUGUCUAAACUGGCGUUGUUCAAUGUGUAUAUUACUGAACGGCUAACAGCGGUGGCUGUAGAGAUAGCUGGAGUAGUAGAGAGAACAGUAACUGAGUACCAGGAGGAAAUCUCUCGUUCAAAGGAGGAGAACGAACGUCUUCGACGUCUGCUGGAUUUCAAACCGCACAGAACAGACCCCCAGCAGCUUACUCUCCCAGUCUCUGAAGAGGAGGUUCCCCCUGAGCGGCAGCACUGUGAGCAGAAGUGGAGCCCCUGUCUGGUGAAGGACCCAGAGCCCACACAGAUUAAAGAUGAACAAGAGGAAAUCAGGACCAAUCAGGAGGAAGAGCAGCUUGAAGGGCUGGAGUCUGAUACCAAAGACUCCAUAUUCACCGUCUGUGAGGAAAGUGACUGUGAUCCAAUGGAUUUCUUGAGCCAAACUUCCGAGAGCAGAGAGGGGGAUGUGUUAUGCGUCCGCAUUCCCCAAGAGAUCAAAACCGAGCCUGAUGGAGAGCUCUACACGGUAUCAGAAGCAACCAGUGCCUCACACUCCCUCUCAGAAGGAUAUGCAGGCUGUUCUGCAGCUCACAGUGAAAACAGUGGAAGUGACAAUGAAGUGGAGAGCGGGGGACUACCGUCAGGAUCAAAGGCACUGAAAUCACCCAGAAAACAAGCAAAGAAAAGACUAAGCUCCCAUACCUCUGCUGGGAGCGGGGCGACCACAAAUGCUGCUCCUCCUUAUUGUUGCAAGUUGUGUGGAAGUACAUUUGUGUACAUUGGUCCUUUAGUUAAUCAUGUGAAAAAUGUGCACACAAAGCUUACUGCAGAAUACCGUUGUGGUGUAUGUGAAGAAGUCUUUGAGUCCAUAUCAAGUCUGACAGAGCACCUGCAAACCCACAUUAAAGCAACACGCACGUGUAAUGUUUGUGGCAAAUGCUUCCCUAGUGAUUCUAGUAUGAGAACACACAUGGUAACUCACACAGGAGAGAAACAGUAUCAAUGCAAAGAAUGUGGAAAAUGUUUCAAAAAUAAGGGCUAUAUGCACUUGCAUAUGAGGCGUCACACAGGGGAGACACCAUUUUGGUGCAAAGAUUGUGGAGAAAGUUUCACUUGUAAGGGAUACUUGAAAACACAUAUGAAGUUCCACACAAGUGAGGAACCACAGCCCACACUGAUUAAAGAUAAACAACAGGAACUUGGGACCAAUCAGGAGGAAGAGCAGCUUGAAGGGCUGGAGUCUGAUACCAAAGACUCCAUAUUCACCGUCUGUGAGGAAAGUGACUGUGAUCCAAUGGAUUUCUUGAGCCAAACUUCCGAGAGCAGAGAGGGGGAUGUGUUAUGCGUCCGCAUUCCUCAAGAGAUCAAAACCGAGCCUGAUGGAGAGCUCUACACGGUAUCAGAAGCAACCAGUGCCUCACAUGCCCUCUCAGAAGGAUAUCCAGGCUGUUCUGCAGCUCACAGUGAAAACAGUGGAAGUGGCAAUGAAGUGGAGAGCGGGGGACUACCGUCAGGAUCAAAGACACUAAAAGCACCCAGAAAAUGGGCAAGCACCCAUAACCGUGCUAGAGGCAAGGUGACCACAAAUGCUUCUCCUUAUUGUUGCAAGCUGUGUGGAAGUACAUUUGUGUACAUUGGUCCUUUAGUUAACCAUGUGAAAAAUGUGCACACAAAGCAUACGAAAAUGUGUGGUGUGUGCGAGGAGGUAUUUGAGUCCAUAGCAAGUCUGACAGAGCACCUCCAAUCCCACAUUAAAGCAACACGCACUUGUAAUGUUUGUGGCAAAUGCUUCCCUAGUGAUGCUAAUCUGAGAACACACAUGGUGUCUCACACAGGAGAGAAACAGUAUCAAUGUAAGGAAUGUGGGAAAAGUUUCAAAACUAAGGCAUAUAUGAAAUUGCAUAUGAGACUUCACACGGGGGAGAAACCAUUUCAGUGCAAAGAAUGUGGAGAAAGUUUCACUUGUAAUGGAUACUUGAGAGCACAUAUGAAGUUCCACACAGGGGAGAAAUCAUAUCGCUGUAAGGACUGUGGGCAAGACUUCGACCAGAAGGAACAACUGGAAACGCACAUGUGGACUCACCAAGGUCAGAAACCACAUGGUUGCAAACAGUGUCCGAAAAGCUUCAAGCGCAAGGAAGAACUGACCAGACACACAGCGGUUCACACAGGAGAGAGACCUUUCAAGUGCACUGUGUGUGGACAUUGCUUUGCCACCCCAGGCAACCUGACACAACACCUGACCACUCACUCUGGAGAGAAACCAUAUCACUGCAAACUGUGCAGCAGAUGCUUUAGAAACAAUCCACUACUUAAAAGUCACCUGAGGAAUCGUCACAAAUGUUAUGACAGUGCCAUAUUGGCAGAAGAUGACUUACGUUCCUUCAUAUGAUGUGGGAGUGCCCUGUAGUUAAAUGCUUCUAGGACAAAGUUACAAAAUUGAUGUUGGCUCUUACAUGAAUGUCACCUCACUGUCUCCCAUUUAACCAGUAGAUACAGAUACUAUUAGAAGUUUUAACUUCAGAAUUAUCGACAGCGAGAAUGAAUGGUGCUAGUCAAGGAACAACUGAGACCUGGACAAAUAUACUUGACUCUGUAAAGAAUAAUCUCAGCUAAAGCCCAACACAUUCAUACAGACAUGCAUACAAACUAUAAGGCCCAAUACAUACAUGCAUACAAACUAUAAGGCCCAAUACAUACAUACAUACAAACUAUAAUCCCCAAUACAUACAUACAUACAUACAAACUAUAUGCCCCAAUACA